AUGCAGGUGGCGUUUGGGAAUUCUCGAGUGCUUUACGAGAAAGACAAAUUGGCGCACAAGUUUAAUAAAGGAACGAAAGAGGAUGACGUUCGCAUUCCACUUGGACCUAUUCAGGACCGUGAUACCGACGAUGCGAAGCACAAACUAUGGUGCAGUGAGUAUGUUGUCCAUGACGUUGCUCAAUUGUUGCCUUAUGAGGCUCCGUCUAUGGAUCUACUAUUCUUGAAUGCCCCUAGACCGUACAAUAGGUUUCCGAUGGGCUAUCGACCACUGAAUCGAAGAGGUGGUAUACAAGCGAGAUCAACCUUCAAUCUUUACCCAUCUGAAAGCGAAACUGAUACGAGGUACCACGAUGCUGCCAUGCUCCUUUCCCAUACAACCUUGACUGAAAUGAAGAACAAUUGUGCUUCGUCUAGCGAUUAUCGGCGCCGGAGCGCAGAUCCUGUGAUAAAAGUUAAUAGCCAGUUCUCUUUACCAACAUCCCCAGUCCAGUCUAUAUCUUCUUAUGACGAAAUUCCGUCAGAUAAUUUUCACAAAUGGAGGAAUUCUCAGGCAAAUGAUCCUAACUGUGAACCUUCCUCUUUUCGACGACAAUCACUAAUGGUAGACCCUUGCCACUCUAAGCAAUUUCUCAGAAGGUUACAACUUCAAAAGGAAAAAAUUGAGAACCACGAAGGUGAGAAGCAACUAGCAAGUGGUAUGCUGUACUCUUACGAAAUAGUUGAUCCACUGACAAGAGGGAAUUACUCAAACGUAGUUUGGGAAAACAGGGCUUCAGUUCCUACAGAAGAUUGCGUUCAGUCAUUCGCAGUUACUCCAUCACAUUUGCACAAAACACAGUCUGAUUCAUCCAUUUUUCAAGAGUUUGAUCCUAGAAUGUCUCUUACGCGAAAUGUUUCAACAAUGAACUUUUCAUCUGCUAUGAAAGAACAUUGUCGCCAAUACGACAGAGGCGGAAGACAAGGACUCUCUCUCCAGUGGAGAGCGCCUAAAGAAGGUUUUUUCGCGUCAAAGCAUCAGAAAGGUCCAAGUUGGAUAACUGAUCCUCCACCUCCAUUCGCUUUUCGAGGAAACGAUGAUAUACCAGUGUUUACUUCAACGGCAAAGUGUGAUAAGAAUUCGGACGCUUGUGAAAUGUCUCAUACUAGACUUGAUGAAAACAGGGUUUUGAAAUCUAGAGAUAGUCAGCUGAUUCCAGAACAGACUUACUCAUUCGUCGAACCUGAAUUGCAAAUACUAAAUAACGAGGCAGGCGGUAAAGUACCGACUGGUGUGCAGUAUUCAACAGAGGGGAUAGCUCAGUCACAAUUGCCACUUCGUAAGUGGAAAAAUGUGGAGGUUUUACCUCCUGCGUCUAACGAGGGGGAGUGUUAUUCCAAUGUGUCAAAGUCUGGACGAAAUAGCCGGAAGCAGUCUUUCUCGCAUGAAAAUAAAUCUUCUGGUUCAAAUAUUUCUGUUGCGACUAUCGAGGGUGACGCAAAAUCGCGUUUUGUUCGGUCGUCAUACCAUGAAUACAAAAGAAGGAAUAAUGGUCUUGGCGAGGACAUUGUGUUUGCCCCUACCCAAUCAAAAGUAUUCACAGGAUUUAGAAAUUUAGACAAUAGCCUUGGUAAUGGUCAUUGUGACCAUGGAACCUCGAAGGAAACUCAGAGUAGAAUGAAUCAUCCCAAAGAGAGAACAUUUGCUAUUGUUUCACGACCUCAAACACCACUUGCAUCUUUACAAAAUGUUAAUGAUUUUACUAAUCCAGUAUUUCAUUUACAACCAAAUUCUUCUCCAAAUGUAGACGAAAACAGACCAAUGCGUGUUUGGUCAAGCAUUCAACCAACGUUCGCUGCAUUCUCGGACAACUGUAUUCCCUCUAAUCGAAACGUAGGGUCGUCGAUGUCAUCAUGUGAUAACGAAUGCGAACCUGACUUUCAUUCACAGUCCUGUUCUCGUCCUGACACUUCAAAUAAUUUUAAACGUAUUGGUGCAACACCAGCUCAUGGUAUUCUUGUUAAAAGUCAUGAAGGAGGCCCACGUGCUUCAAAAAAGGUUGUAUUCCAGUGCGACUCAGACGAGCUUGACCGAUUGCUCCAUGGCAAUGUUGUGUCUGCUGAAGCUCCUCAUCAUGUGAAAGCUUUCGAUAGUGCGUUGUCGGAUGUGGUCGAGCGAUGGUCGAGUCUUUCUGAUCAGAUUGGAGGAGAUAUCACUAUCUUGCGAGAGAUGGUGACGGUCGUGUUCAAUUCUCUACGAUUUUUUUUGUGGACAGCUGCUAGCCGGCCUGAACCAUCAUCUGAGGAGGUCCAAAAAUUGGUUUCACCCAUUGUAAAUCUCUUAUCGGAGAUCAAUAAAUUCAAGGAUUCGAAGAGGAAUACACCGCAGUUCAACCAUCUUUGUGCCGUUGCGGAGGGUAUUCCAGCAGUUGGAUGGGUUUUAGUGAAGAAAACACCAGCACCUUACGUGAAGGAGAUGUUGGAAUCGGCAAUGUUUUACAUUAAUCGCAUACUGAAGGAAUUCAAGGAAGGUGAUCAAAGGAAUGUAGAGUGGGCUCGGCUAUGGAAGCAAGUGCUCGAGGAUAUGCAUACGUUUGUUCGUCAAACACAUACUACUGGUCUGGUGUGGAAUAGUGCACCGGGAUGUUCACCUCCUGAAAUGUGUAAUCAAGUGUCUACUGCGUUGCAUCAUCCUACUUCUGGUGGACAUACCGUUCCUCCUCCACCACCACCUCCACCCUCUUUCUUUGCUGAUAGUACUCCUUGCACUAUUGAUGCAAAUGGCAAAGCGGGUAGGGAUGCUCUUUUUGCCGAGAUCAACAAAGGACAAGCUAUUACAGCUGGGCUUAAAAAAGUUACUGCUGACAUGCAAACCCACAAGAACCCUGCUUUGCGUGGACAGGUUAAUGCUCAAUUCAAUUUUGUUUCAAAUUUACGGGGCAAUAAAGAACCAAAGUCGAAGCCAGUGGCAGGUGCACCGUCGUCCAACCGUCCACCGCUCAUCGAACUGAAAGAUGGCAAACAAUGGAAUGUGGAGUAUGUGGUUGGAAAUUCUAAUGUCGUCAUUAAUAUAACUGAUAAAAAGCAAACAGUUUACGUCUAUAAGUGCGAGGAUUCUGUGAUAACUAUUAACGGGAAGCUGAACUCUAUUACACUGGAUAGCUGUCGUAAAACAUCUGUUGUUUUUGAUGCCUUAGUUACUCAGUGUGAAACAAUCAACUGCCAAAGCGUUCAGAUCCAGACAUUGGGUGAGAUGCCUACGCUUUCUAUCCAGAAGACUGACGGCUGCCAGGUAUAUCUCAGUGAAAUAUCGAAGAAUGCGGAGAUCAUUACCAGCAAGUCCAGUGAGAUGAAUGUGCUUAUCCCAAGGCCAGAUGGCGAUUUUGUUAGUUUCUAA